UCUGGUGGACACCUCUGGCUGUAGUCCAUGUCCAGCGGGUCACUUCUGUGGCACUGCAGGUCUUACUCGUCCAUCUGGCCCAUGUCAGACUGGAUUCUACUGUCCAGGGGGAGACACAACAAGCGCAGGCGCAAAAGGAGGGCUUUGCCCAACUGCUCAUUACUGCCCUGAGGGUAGUGCUAGCCCAUUGCCCUGCCCUGCUGGAACAUACAACAACCUCACAGGCCAGUCAGUGUGUUCCCGCUGCCCUGCUGGGUACUACUGUCCAGAAAGGACCGCCAAUUUUUCCAAGUUUCCCUGUCCACCUGGAUUCUACUGCCCUGAUGGAACUAAGCAUGCCACCCAGUUUCCCUGUCCACGUGGAUACUACAACCCAGAGCCCAUGACGCAGAGUCUGGACAGCUGCCUGCCUUGUCCUCCAGGACACUACUGUGAGAAGGAAAGGCUGACCAAAGUGUCUGGAAAAUGCAAAGCUGGUUGGUUCUGUGUCUCUGCAGCGUGGAACUCCCAGCCCUUUGACCUUGACAAUUAUACAAAUGCCAACUGUCUUUGUCCAGCUACAUCCACAGGGGGGCGCUGCCAGGCAGGAUUUUAUUGCCCCUUAGGCAGCUCAGAGCCCCUACCUUGCCCACCCGGAACCUUCUGUAAUGUCUCAGGUUUAGCUCUGCCAAUGGGCCCCUGCUCUCCUGGGUAUUAUUGUGUAGGAGGAGCCACUGAGGCCAGACCAACAGAUGGAGAAACAGGCAACAUCUGUCCACCUGGGACAUACUGUGUUGAGGGGUCUGGGGAGCCAGAGUUUUGUCCUGCUGGUACUUUUUCCCCAGUGUCAGGCCUGACCAGUGUGAAGGGCUGUCAGCCUUGUACAUCAGGCUUCUUCUGCAGAACAACAGGCCUCAGGGCUCCAACUGGACUCUGCAGCGAUGGAUACUGGUGUCCUCCUGGUCAGACUGUGGCUAUGGCUCUGCCAUGUCCUCCUGGUCACUUCUGCUUAGAGGGUAGUUCAUCCCCAGAGCCGUGCCCAUCAGGAACCUAUCAGGAUAGAGACAAACAGGCAUCCUGUGCCAUCUGUGGGGCAGGUUACUACUGUGAUUCAAGAUUGGGUGCAGCUAAUGUGUCCUUGCUGAGGCCCUGCCCUAAGGGACAUUACUGUCCUCCAGGUACAGCUCUGCCCAACCAACACCCUUGCCCCAUAGGCUCCUUUAACCCAAGAGAGCAUAUAGACAGCUCAGCUGGCUGCAUGCCUUGUGCAUCUGGACGUUACUGUCCUUCUGUUGGACUGUCAGAGCCAGCAGUUAUAAAAGGGGCCAGUGUUGUGGCUCCCCAGCAGUAUACUGUGGAGCAGGUUCUCCUAGCUGCUGGUGAACCGGACCAUGCCAUGCUGGAUAUUGGUGCAGAAAGGGAGCCUCCUCUCCCAGGCCACUGGAUGGACUCUCAGGUUCCCUGUGUCCACCUGGUCACUACUGCCCCUCAGUCUGUGGCUGUCAAGUUUUAG